CCACUCCCCAGUCCCUUUUCAAACAUCCCCGGCGCAGGGCUCAACGCUCGCAGAGCUGCUCAAUCACUUGCCACGUCUGCAGCUUCCUGCCCCAACCCUCCCAUACUUCAUUGCGCACCCCUCUACAUUCAAAGACGCCACGAUACAGCGCCAGAUGUCUUUCACACGUCUUGAGAUAUGACCUCUAGCCCACCGACGCGGCUUCUCUGCCAAAUCCCAUCCCAAAUUUCGCCUGUCCCACAAAUUUGCCCCGAUUGGCUGUAGCGAGAAGCCUUUCCCCUGUCCGCCUCCUGGGCCGUGCCUCGACUGUGCAUGCGCACUGCACCGACACCUCGAAGCAGUACUUACAGUGGCUCUUCUACCUCUUUCACCUGCAAUGUAAGGCAUGGACUAUCACAACGGCAUUGCAUCUGUCGAGCAUUCAUACGACCACACCUUGGCGCCUCAGCCUGACAUUGAUUCUCCCCCCCUCGACUCCGCGCAAAUACCACCGUCGUCCUUCCGCCCUGAAACCCCCCCAGAAUCAGUACAAGUAAUCUCCUCGCUCAUCGAUUCUCUGAGCAAAAUAUCUGCCUCUUCAUAUUUGAGACAAGAACCUGGCGCGAACGCCAGCAGAAAUAUCCAGGGAGACGUGUACAGUCGUCCCAGUUCGACGGAGCCACCCAAUGCGGAUGACUUGGACAGGGAACAACACGAUCCCCCUACCGCCGAUGAUAGCAGCGAGGGAGAGGCCGCCGCUGCGCCGGUGAUCAAGUACGCCAGAAGGCCACCUCUAUUGUCCAAGAGGUCGAGCAGAUCAUUCGUCCACUCCCUGAAUAUGACUUCUCAGACUGGUCUUGCCACAAGAGAGUCUAUACAGAGCCUUAAGUCGCGUGCCGAGUCUGACAGCGUCGGAGUACCCAGCAUUGAGAGACGAGAUCGCUCUAGCGCUAGCUCUACCUUCUCAUUUGUCAGUGGAUUAAGCGCUCCUCAUCGGAAACCAACGUUCGAGUCAAUGCGCGAGAUGGCUGGAACGAGGCCCAAUCCUCCCAGGCGAGUCUCGUCGGACAGACGACGGAAGACCGAGUCCCUGUAUAGCAUGGAUCACGAGAAGGAGAGCAAGUGGCCUACUCGUGCAUCGUCAAUUGACGGGCGUUCGAGCGUGGGAACACAACUUGAACCAGCGCCCGCUGAGAGUCCAACGAUCACCGCUCUGAGAUUAAGCAGGGGUGACUUGGGAAGCCAUAUGAUACCCUCUCGUCGAUCAUCGCUCAGACGUAGCGUCACAGGCCUUUCAGACGUCUCUCAGGACCAGCAAUCCAGACACUCUUUCUCGGGUCGCGACCUGAAAGAGCUCAAUAUCGAUUCCGAACUUAUUGAAGGCGAUAACUCGACCGUCAGACGCAUCCGGGAACUGCAAGAAGCCCGGGAGAAGCGCCAGAAGGAGUGGCGAAAUGAGGCUCGGAAAUCGGAGCGAGCUGCGAAGAGACAUACCAUCGCCACACCAAAAUUGUCGUCACAACGGUCAAGCCCGUACCAGACUUCGAGGCUCUCUGUUACCGAGGUGGUGGUAGAAUCGCCCGAAGUGGAAAGCCCGCUUGACCUGUCCGCGACGGUCACCGCAUCUGAUCUGGCGGACAUGCCUGCCUUCAUCCCAGAACCCCCUAAAGAAGAGCCAUCAGCGCCACCGCUUUCUAUGGGCGGCGUCAUGUCAAACCCAUCUAGUGCAGCACCAUCCCGACGCAACAGUGUCUACCGGAACUCCAUGGCUCAGAGAAAACGGAGUUCUAUGACCCAUGCGUCGAAGCAAGAGCCUGCCAUCACAGAGAUGAAGUCAAUAACGGAAGAGGUUGACGCCUUUCUCGGCGCGCCCCGUUUUACGCAAAAGAUACGACAUCCUCGUACUGGGCGGACAAUCGCCUUCUCAGAAGUGGGAGAUCCAAACGGAUUUGUAGUCUUGUGCUGUGUCGGCAUGGGAUUGACCCGAUAUCUCACCGCAUUUUACGACGAGCUUGCCAGGACUUUGCGCUUGAGGCUGAUCACACCCGAUCGGCCUGGGGUUGGUGCAAGCUCGCCGUUGCCUGAAUCGCAAUGUACACCACUAAACUGGGUUGACGAUGUAGCCGUCAUAUGCAGUUCUCUGGAGAUUACGAGAUUCUCUCUUCUGGCGCAUUCCGCCGGCGCGAUCUACGCUCUGGCAACGGCUUUGAAGAUGCCACAGUAUGUCCGAGGGCGCAUUCAUCUCCUAGCACCAUGGAUACCACCUUCACAGAUGCCCAAAGGGGCAGUGAUAGGACCCGAUUCGCAGCCAAUUGCCAAUCUACCAUUUACUCACAAAAUCCUGAGCGUUUUGCCAGCACAAAUUCUUAAGGUCGCAAACUCAAGGUUUUUGACCGCGACAAGUGCUUCCGUGGACACGAGACCGCUGAAGUCAAAAAAGGCCAAGCAGCAACUGGAGAAUAUGGACGCAUCAUUUGGUUAUCCUUUCCAGGAUCUAAACGACGACAGCUCAUUCAGAGCUGCGCUUCCUGACUUUGAACCCGAGCGGCCGCGAACAGGCACACCGAACCGGGCACGGGCUCUAUCGUGCUACCAAGCCAAUAAUGAAACUUUGGGAAUCCCAGGACCGCCACUGUCCAGCCCAAAGGCCGAUUCUGUACGGCAGACGUUUUCGUCCACAAAGGCUGCUGCCGCGCCUUCCCGACCCAUGUCCCCACGCUUGAGCUCCGAGGCGCGUCAAGCACUCUACAACCAGACGCUUACGCAUCGCAUCUGGACGCUGGCUACUCAAAACGCCAAUCCCGCCAUUGAUCUGUUGGUUUGUCUAGAGCGGCGGAGACCCAUUGGGUUUCGAUAUCCCGAGGUGACGAGGUCAGUUGUUAUCCAUCAUGGGGCCAAGGACACGCGGGUUCCGCUGGAUAACGUACGUUGGCUCCACGGAGUGAUGAAGCGAUGUGAGUUACGGAUCCUGGACGGUGAGGGACAUGGUCUUAUGGCGAGCGCAUCAGCCAUGGCCACGGUCCUCGGCGAGAUUGCCCGGGAAUGGGAAGAAUGGGAAAAGAUCGCGCAGGGCAAGGAGAAGAGGAAAAGAAGUGACGCAGCGUCUACCUUCUCGAGAGGAAGGUCCUUUCACAGUAGAUUUGUGGAUGCCUCAUACCGAGAAGCCGCGUCGCGUGACUCUUGACCGAGUUUCAGCCAGGGACUGGAUGCGAGAUGCACUUUAUAGAAGAGGUCGUACUUCUCCUGACCGACUUCUGGAUUGGGGACUACGUUCCCCCUGCCUGUGUGACCACCUGCCAACGCAAUAAUAGGACUUACAUGCCCACGGCUAGGUGUUGACGGCAAGGGAAUAGAAUUGGAAAUGGGCAAUGAUAGCGAACUUGGAUAUACGGAUGCGGGUGGCAGAGCAGCUGCACUACAUUAAGAUUAAUCUAAUCUGGCCUCGUCCGAACUUUUGGAAUUGAAAUCAAGC